CCCGUGGUGUUCCGUCCCGCCGUGCGGCGGUCGGUGCCCUGUCACUGCCUGCUCUGGCCAUGGCUAGGGCGCUUGGGUUAUAAAUUAGCGACCAAAGCUCCCGACGCGGCCCUGGUCCUGAUGGCGGCGGCGGCGGCCCUGGCAGCAGCCGAGCCACCUCCCGCGAUGCCGCAGGCGGCAGGAGCCGGAGGGCCAGCCGCCCGCAGAGAUUUCUACUGGCUGCGCUCCUUCCUGGCCGGAGGUAUUGCUGGAUGCUGUGCCAAAACAACAGUUGCUCCUUUGGAUCGAGUGAAGGUUUUAUUACAAGCUCACAAUCACCAUUACAAACACUUGGGAGUAUUUUCUACAUUGCGUGCUGUUCCCCAAAAGGAGGGAUACCUUGGAUUGUAUAAAGGGAAUGGUGCAAUGAUGAUUCGAAUUUUUCCUUAUGGUGCAAUCCAGUUUAUGGCAUUUGAGCAUUAUAAAACGUUAAUAACUACAAAACUGGGAGUUUCUGGUCAUGUACACAGAUUAAUGGCUGGGUCCAUGGCAGGUAUGACAGCAGUUAUCUGUACUUACCCUCUUGAUAUGGUUAGAGUACGCCUAGCAUUCCAGGUGAAAGGGGAACAUACUUAUACGGGAAUUAUUCAUGCAUUCAAAACAAUUUAUGCAAAGGAAGGUGGUUUCCUUGGAUUUUACAGAGGCUUGAUGCCUACUAUAUUAGGAAUGGCUCCAUAUGCAGGUGUUUCGUUUUUUACUUUUGGUACCUUAAAGAGUGUUGGGCUUUCCCAUGCUCCUACCCUUCUUGGCAGACCUUCAUCAGACAAUCCUAAUGUCUUAGUUUUGAAAACUCACAUAAACUUACUUUGUGGUGGUGUUGCUGGAGCAAUAGCACAGACAAUAUCCUACCCAUUUGAUGUAACACGUCGGCGAAUGCAGUUAGGAACUGUUCUUCCAGAAUUUGAAAAGUGCCUAUUUCAGAAGAAGAAGGUGGAAGCUUCCUUUUCUAAAGCAGUUCUGAGCCGAGGAAUGGAUAACCGGUACCUGGUAUUAGCAGUCAAUAUUGUACAGAAUGAAGAAGGAAACCAUGAAAAGCACCUAAUCAUCACUGCUUCGCAGUCACUAGAAUGUAAAGAACUGUGUAUCCUUAGGAAUGACUGGUGCUCUGUACCAGUAGAGCUAGGGGACAUCAUUCAUUUAGAGGGAGACUGCAUAUCCGAUACUUGGAUAAUAGAUGAAGAUUUUGGAUAUUUGAUUCUGUAUCCAGACAUGCUGAUUUCUGGCACAAGCAUAGCCAGUAGUAUUCGAUGCAUGAGAAGAGCUGUCCUGAGUGAAACAUUUAAGAGCUCUGAUCCAGCCACACGCCAAAUGCUGAUUGGUACCAUUCUCCAUGAAGUAUUUCAAAAAGCAAUAAGUGAUAGUUUUGCCCCAGGAAAGCUACAAGAACUUGCUUUUCAAACUGUUCAAGAAAUAAGGCAUCUGAAGGAAAUGUACCGCCUAAAUCUGAAUCAAGAUGAAAUAAAACAAGAAGUAGAGGAGUAUCUUCCUUCAUUUUCUAAAUGGGCUGGAGAUUUCAUGCAUAAACAUACUUCAACUGACUUCCCUCAGAUGCAGCUCUCUCUGCCAAGUGAUGGUAGUGACGGUAAUUCAACAUGUAAUAUCGAAGUUAUAAACUCACUGGAUAUUGAAGAAAGCAUUUGGUCUCCUAGGUUUGGAUUGAAGGGCAAAAUAGAUGUUACAGUUGGUGUGAAGAUACAUAGAGGAUGUAAAACGAAAUAUAAGAUAAUGCCACUGGAACUUAAAACUGGCAAAGAAUCAAAUUCUAUUGAACACCGUAGUCAGCUUGUUCUGUACACACUGCUAAGCCAAGAGAGGAGAGCUGAUCCAGAGGCUGGCCUGCUCCUCUACCUGAAGACCGGCCAGAUGUAUCCUGUACCUGCCAACCAUCUCGAUAAAAGAGAAUUAUUAAGGCUAAGAAACCAGAUGGCAUUCUCUUUGUUUCAUCGUAUUAACAAAUCUGCUACUGGAGAGGAGAAGACAAAGCUUGCUCCUUUGCCACAAAUAAUUGAGGAACAGCAAACCUGUAAAUAUUGCUCACAGAUGGGCAACUGUGCUCUUUAUAGCAGAGCGGUUGAACAACAGAUGGAUGACAGUUCAGUCCCGACCAGCAUGCAGCCCAAAAUAAAAGAAGAAACCCAGCAUCUAAAACUUACACACUUAGAGUAUUUCAGCCUUUGGUGUCUUAUGUUAACCCUGGAGUCACAGUCAAAGCAUAAUAAAAAAAAUUACCAAACCAUAUGGUUAACGCCUGCUUCAGAUAUGGAGGAGAGUGGCAGCUGCAUUGGGAACCUGAUUAGAACAGAACAUGUAAAGACAGUUUGUGAUGGACAAUAUUUACAUAAUUUCCAACAUAAAAAUGGUGUCAUGCCUGUCACAAAUCUAAUGGCAGGUGACAGAAUUAUUUUAAGUGGAGAAGAGAGAACAUUGUUUGCUUUGUCUAGGGGGUACGUGAAGGAGAUUAACAUGACAACUGUAACCUGUUUAUUAGACAGGAACUUGUCAGGACUCCCAGAAUCAACUUUGUUCAGAUUGGACCAGGAAGAAAAACAUUGUAAUAUAGAUACCCCAUUAGGAAAUCUUUCUAAACUGAUGGAAAAUACUUCUGUCAGUCAAAAACUUCGAGAUUUAAUCAUUGACUUUCGCGAACCGCAGUUUAUAUCCUACCUCAGUUCUGUUCUUCCACAUGAUGCAAAGGACACAGUUGCCUGCAUUCUAAAAGGUUUGAAUAAGCCUCAAAGGCAAGCCAUGAAAAAGGUACUUCUUUCAAAAGACUACACCCUCAUCGUGGGUAUGCCUGGAACAGGAAAAACAACUACAAUAUGUACUCUUGUAAGAAUUCUCUAUGCCUGUGGUUUUAGUGUUUUGUUGACCAGCUAUACACACUCAGCUGUUGACAAUAUUCUUUUGAAGUUAGCAAAGUUUAAAAUUGGAUUUUUGCGCUUGGGUCAGACUCAGAAGGUACAUCCAGAUAUCCAGAAAUUUACAGAGGAGGAUAUUUGCAGAUCAAAAUCCAUUAGAUCCUUAGCUCUUCUAGAAGAACUCUACAAUAGUCAACUUAUAGUUGCAACAACAUGUAUGGGAGUAAACCAUCCCAUAUUUUCUCGUAAAACUUUUGAUUUUUGUAUAGUGGAUGAAGCCUCUCAAAUUAGCCAACCAGUUUGCCUAGGGCCACUUUUUUUUUCACGGAGAUUUGUGUUGGUGGGGGAUCAUCAGCAGCUUCCUCCCCUGGUGCUAAACUGCGAAGCAAGAGCUCUUGGCAUGAGUGAAAGCUUAUUCAAGAGGCUGGAACAGAAUAAGAAUGCUGUCGUACAGUUAACCGUGCAGUACAGAAUGAACAGUAAAAUUAUGUCCUUAAGUAAUAAACUGACAUACGAAGGAAAGCUGGAGUGUGGAUCAGACAAAGUGGCCAAUGCAGUGAUAAACCUACCUAACUUUAAAGAUGUAAAGCUGGAACUGGAGUUUUAUGCUGAUUAUUCUGAAAAUCCUUGGCUGGUUGAAGUUUUCGAGCCAAAAAGUCCUGUUUGUUUCCUUAACACAGACAAGGUUCCAGCACCAGAACAAGUUGAAAAGGGAGGUGUCAGUAAUAUAACAGAAGCCAAACUCGUUGUUUUCCUGACCUCAAUUUUUAUUAAGGCUGGUUGUAAUCCCUCUGAUAUUGGUAUCAUUGCACCAUACCGGCAACAGUUAAAAGUCAUCAAUGAUUUAUUGGCACAUUCUUCUCUUGGGAUGGUCGAAGUUAAUACAGUAGACAAAUACCAGGGAAGAGACAAAAGUAUCAUUCUAGUAUCUUUUGUUAGAAGUAAUGAAGAUGGAACUCUUGGUGAACUAUUGAAAGAUUGGCGGCGUCUUAAUGUUGCUAUAACCAGAGCCAAACAUAAGCUGAUUCUCCUGGGAUGUGUGCCCUCACUAAACCGCUAUCCUCCUUUGGGGAAGCUACUUUAUCAUCUAAACUCAGAAAAAUUAAUCAUGGAUCUUCCAUCAGGAGAACAUGAAAGUCUUUGUCAUAUAUUGGGUGAUUUUCAAAGAAGAUAAAGCACUGUUUUCCUUGCUUUUUCCAAACCAUCAUGAUCUUCUCUAACUGUUGCCUAUUUAUAAUUCGGAUAUGCUGUAAAAUCAGUGCCUGGUUACACUGUGAAGAUAACUUUUAUCCCAAGGGUAAGAAAUGAUGUAAAUAUACUCUUUCAGAGUUCCAGUUUUUUUGUUUUAUUUAUUUUUUGGUAUAACCUUGUUAAACAUAAAGUUCUAUUACCAUACAAAAUUUAACAUAGUAUUUUUUUAGUACAGGUGAACCAAAACUGAAAAGUCUAAAUUUAUAGGUAUUAUAAAUGUGGUUUUGUAUGAUCUAGAGUUUGAUAAAUUUCUACCACCUUUUAAAGCUGGGAUGAAUUUUUCAAUCUGAGGCUUAAACCUUUAAGUCUAAAUUUUCAAGAUUAAUUUGAUCUUUUAGAUUUUUAAUCAUAUUUUGUUUAUUUGAAAGAUUAGGUAAGAAAAUUGAUUGCUUUUGUCAUUUAAGGACAAUCUUGUGAUGAUGAGAACAUAAGUAAGACGUUUUUCUGUAUUUUGAGGUCCCUGAUUCAAAGGCCAUUCUGCUGGUUUUUUUCCUGACUUUUGCUUUCUCCUAUCAGAGAUGUUUUCACUUUAAACCUAGUCUUUUAAAUUAUCACUGAUAAAUGUAUUAUUCCAGUUAAUUUCUGAUUCUCCUUACUCUCCCACUUGUUAUUUUCACUUUUCAGUAUUCUAGUGAAAUAAAAUAAUUCCUACUGUUCUUUUGAGAAGAAAUUUUGUUUGCUGAAUUGAUGACAAAUUAAAAAGGUGUAUUCCUAUUUUCACUUACUCAUGUUCAUAUGCCCCUUAGUUUUAGGGCAUUUCUCAAUUUUCUCUUUUGGUAUAAAAAUGUUUUGUAAAAUAGUUACCUCAAAGUGCUUGAUUACUUAUAUUGUGACCAAUUUUAACCUUAGUGUAUCCAUCUUUGGCAGGGAGAUCUCUCACUUCUCUCAAAUGUUUUCUUUUUAAUGAAUGUUAAGUAUGUUAAAAAUUGCUGCCUCUACCUCACAUGUUUUAAAAAAAUUAUUACU